AUGGAGAAGUUUAAGUUUGUGUUGAACCUACUGAUUAAAUACCACACUGUUUUAGGCUAUAGCUUCGUGAGCCUACUGACAGCUGGCGGCGAGAGCCUCUUCUCCAGCAUAGUGUUCCAAUGCCCCUGCAGCGCUACCUGGAACCUGCCCUAUUCCCUCAUCUUCCUUUUGGUUCCUGCCCUGAUUCUCUUCCUUCUGGGCUGCCUGUUGAGCACCCGGGCCAAGCAGCUCAUGACAGGUUGUUGUGCGGCGAGUAGAGGGGAAGAAGAGCUCAGCGAAGCGGACUCGGACCUAUGCGUGGGGAUGGCGACAUGCUGUCACGUCACCUUGGCCGCUGCUGUGGCGCCCAUCACCUGGAUCGCAAUGGCGCUUCUCAGGGGAGGUUUCUAUGAGUGCGCAGCCAGUGGGAGCAUCUGGGUAUCUCGGCUGUUGUGCCCCGAUCAGGAGGCCAGUUGUUCGGAGCAGCUGCCGAAGGUGCCCUGCCAGGAAGCAAAGCCGGAGCAGAUCCAGGAGCUCUUGAAGGAACUCAAGGCCCAUUCCCAGGUGGCAGGUUGGACCCUGAUAGCUCUUGUUGUGCUUGCUCUUCUGAUUUUCACGUCCAUCACUAGAUGCCGAUCUCCAGUUAAUUUUCUUCACCUUAAGUUCUGGAAACUAUAUUGUCAAAAGGAAGAAGAGAUAUUGAUGAAUGAAGCUAAGCAGCACGCUACUGAAUUAGCAGAAGAGAAUGUCAAAUGCUUCUUUGAUGGCUCCCAGCCAAAAGAGUUCAGCCUACCAAACUACAAAGCCUGGAAGAAGAUUUCACUGCACCAUACAUUCAUGCCUGAGAGUCAAUAUUACAGUAUAUUACACAAGUAUGUUAACAAGCAGGAGGAUGACAGUAAUACUUAACCAUCCAGAAAGGAUGUUGUGAAUCCUGUUCUAAGUUUUGUGGAUUCACUUGAUCCUACCAAUUCUGUUAAUGUAAUGUAAUAACAAACAAACAUUAUAUGAUACGGCAUAAUGCUAUAUGUGGAACAAUGU